AUGGCAUCUCCUAAAAUUGGCUGGAUCGGCCUUGGCUCAAUGGGUCUCCCCAUGGCGACAAACCUUCAGAAACAUCUGAGUUCAACAGGGGCUCCAAAUCUGCUUUAUUUCAAUCGCACCAUCUCUCGUGGUGAUUCUCUGAAAGGUAUUGGUGCUCAGCCCGCAUCAUCAGCUAGAGACCUUGUCGAUAACUCGGAUAUUAUCUUCAUGUCUUUAAGCGACGACUCUGCCCUCGACUCAACUCUAAAUGCUGUUCUUGACUCAGAAGCCUCAGGAAAGCUCGCUGGUAAACUCAUAGUUGACACAUCAACUGUUCAUCCAGACUCUUCCGCAAAGGCAGAGACCAGGAUCCAAGAGAAAGGGGGCCAGUUCAUCGCUUCGCCAGUCUUCGGAGCAAGUCCUGUUGCUGCACAGGGAAAGCUCUUGUGGAUCAUUGCUGGGCCAAGUGGUGCUGUUGAUAAAAUCACUCCAUAUGUUGAAGGGGUUAUGGGAAGAGCUGUUAUCAGGGUCGGUGAGGAUAUCAGAGCGUCUGGUAAGAUGAAGACGGCAGGAAACUUCAUAACGGCUGGCUUCAUGGAAAUCAUCGCCGAAGCACACGUCCUAGCCGAAAAGUCCGGCCUGGGCAGUGGGAACCUGGAAGCAUUGAUCGAGCAACAAUAUGGACCUCUGCCAUUCUCAAUGUCUCAACGUUUGACAACCGGAGCAUACAUGCCAGCGAGAGGUGAUAGGCCUUGGUCUGAUCUAAACUUAGCAAUCAAAGACGUGGGUCAUGGAAUUGCCCUUGCAGAACAGUCUGGAACGAAAUUGGAAGUGGCAGAAGUUGCUAUCAAGCAUUUGAAGGAUGCAAAGGCGUUCUCCGAUUCUGAACAACGACCGCUUGAUUCAUCUUCCAUGUACGGAAUACUACGAAAAGAGGCUGGACUGCCUUUUGAAACAGAAUUGGUCAAAGAUCGGGAUGCAAAGGACGAGAAAUAA